GCCCCGACGCGCGCCCGCGACCCGCGACAUUACCUUACGUAACCGAUACAUCGGAAACGUUCCGAUAAUCGAUGUCUCGACAUUCACCGACUCGAUUAUAAUUGUGCCUUGAUUUAAAAAAAAACGUUUAUGAUUAUUAUUAUUUUUUUUAAUAAUCCUACAUCUCAUUAAGUGAACUGUACAAGUGCCCUGUGACAUGUUUUUGUUUUGUUUUCGCACGGACUUGUAAGAUUAUUUGGGCGUAGACUGUGUUUAGUUUUUUUUAUGUAGAGACUCUGUGAAUUUGGCUACUGUGAGGUGAUUUAAACAUUUCGUCUUGAGGUUUUUUAUUUUGUUGUUUUGUGAUGUGAGGAACAUUGAAACUGUUGCUUGUCGAAUUAACUUCAAAUGUCGAACAGGGGCACAUCACAAUAAGAAAUAACGAAGACAAAGAAAAAAAUCCCUCGUAGCACGCGACGCGAAAAGAACAAUCGAUUCGACACUGGCAGCCGAGUGUCGGUUGGCAGUUUUGUCUAUGCCUCGCUUUGCUUUUGAAAAUGGCGGGCUUAAAGAUUGAGUUUGGCGCGCUCGGACCGGCGUGACGGGUCAUUGCGCGCCAGGAGUGAGCGAGGCGCGGACGUCCGGAUGCACCCGACGGGCGCGGCCAGCCUGCCCGCCGCACCGGAGGCGGAGGUGCAAGCUAUGCACUCCAUGGACUGGCUCUUCAAGAAGGAAAGGAUAUACCUCCUCGCACAGUUCUGGCAACAGAGAGCUACUCUGGCGGAGAAAGAAGUGACAACGCUCAAAGAGCAGCUCGCAACAACAAGCCCGGUACCUCUCCAAGCUACAGUGCCGCCGAAGACAAAUGGCUCGCAUAUAGAAUCCACAAGAGACCAGGCAACGGAAACCAGAAUACAAGAGAGACUGAGCCCAGAUAUUAAAGAAGAGAAGAGAAGGUCGCCCGAGAUUGAUGAAGAUAUAGAACAUAAGAUAGAAAUGGCUGCAACGGGACGAAGCAAUAGCAAUUCCACAAGAAGCAGCCCAGUGAUCAACCAGGGGAGCAAUCUGGAGAUCGAGCUCGCAGCAAAAGAGAAAGAGAUCGCACAGCUAGUGGAGGACGUGCGCAGACUCCAAGCCUCACUAUCAGCACUGCAGGAAGCGCAUUCACAGCAACUGCGACGGCUGGAGGAGCGGCUGGACGAGAAAAAGCAACACAUCGCCCGCCUCGAAGCCCGCCUCGACACGCAGCGUGACUACGAUGACAUCAAGCGGGAGAUCAGUAUGCUGCGGUCUUUAGACCUUAGUUCAGACCGGCCGGUGGACCGCAAGCCUGAGCUGCGGUCUCCCGCCGUCCCGCAAGAGGACCGCGCGUCCGCGGAACGCGAGCGAAGCGCAGAACGAAGAGACACCGGUGGCGACGAGUGGCCGAGCACGCCGCCCCCGCUAAACAACAACACGACGCACCACAACAACAACGGCCCGCUGCCGCUCCCACUGCCGCCGCCGAGUCCUUUCCGCUUCGAGGAGCAUCGGCCAUACCGCUUCGCGGAGGACAUGGGCCCGCUGCCACCUGGAGCGCUCGUCGGUCGCCUGGGAGACUCGCUUAUCCCGAAGGGGGAUCCGAUGGAGGCGCGUCUGCAAGAGAUGCUGCGAUACAACAUGGACAAGUACGCGAACACGAACCUGGACACGCUGCACAUCAGCCGGCGAGUGCGGGAACUGCUCUCGGUGCAUAACAUCGGGCAGCGGCUGUUCGCGAAGUACGUGCUGGGCCUGUCGCAGGGCACCGUCUCAGAGCUACUCUCGAAGCCGAAACCCUGGGACAAGCUGACAGAGAAGGGCCGAGACUCGUAUAGGAAGAUGCACGCGUGGGCGUGCGACGAGGCGGCCAUCAUGCUUCUCAAGUCCCUCAUUCCCAAAAAAGUGGGAACAAAAGAUGGAACGGUGGGUCCAAACUUCGCCAGAAGCGAUGGUGAGGGGGAUGACCGACUGGCGCACAUCCUUACCGAGGCCUCUCACAUGAUGAAGACUCCCACGGGACCGGUUACUAACGAUGACUCGAGGAGUAACGAAGACUCCAGCUCGCCCCGAACACAGUGCCCGUCACCAUUCUCCAAUAAGGAUUCAAGUCAAAACAGAAGAUUGAAGAAGUACGAAAAUGACGAUAUCCCUCAGGAGAAGGUGGUUCGGAUCUACCAGGAGGAGCUGGCCAAGAUCAUGACGCGGCGGGUCGAGGAUAUGCGGCACAGUCGUGAGGGUUUCCCUGGCAUGUAUCCUCCGUUUUUCAGCGGCGGUAUGCCCCCACACAUGGAACGGCCGCCCGAAGACAUCCGCAUGGCGCUCGAGGCCUACCACCGUGAGCUCGCCAAGAUGCAGCCAGGCGCUAACUUGCCCAACCUGCCCAACCUGCACGGGCUUCCCGGUGUGCCCGGCGUGCCUCCCUUCCCCAACCUGCUAGCGCUGCAGCAGCAGGCCCUGCAGGCCAACCAGCACAUGAACGGCGCCGGCGCAGUGCAAGACCUCUCGCUCCCCAAAGACAAGAACGCCAAAAUGAACGGAAUGACUGAUAGCGAUAAGGACAAACCCAUGGACGCGGAAGAAGCGAUACGGCACGCGGGCAGCGCCUUCUCCCUCGUGCGACCCAAGCUGGAGCCUGGACAGUCCACCGGCUCCUCGGCCUCCAGCCCUCUCGGCAACGCCAUCCUGCCUCCGGCCAUCACGCCGAGCGAGGAUUUCGGCGGAUCCGCGGCCGCCAGCCCCUUGCAAAGGAUGGCGUCGAUCACGAACAGCCUGAUCUCCCAGCCGUCGAACCCCCCGCACCACCCGCCACCCCAGAGAUCGAUGAAGGCGGUGCUUCCUCCGAUUACGCAACAACAGUUCGACCUUUUUAAUAAUUUAAAUACAGAAGAGAUUGUGAGACGAGUAAAGGAAGCCUUGAGUCAGUACUCCAUAAGUCAGAGGCUCUUUGGCGAAUCGGUGCUCGGUCUAUCUCAAGGAUCUGUGAGCGACUUGUUAGCGAGGCCGAAGCCAUGGCACAUGCUUACGCAAAAGGGCAGGGAGCCCUUCAUCCGCAUGAAGAUGUUCCUGGAGGACGACAACGCGGUGCACAAGCUGGUCGCCUCGCAGUACAAAAUCGCACCGGAGAAGCUGAUGCGGACAGGAAACUACAGCGGAGCACCUCCAUGUCCGCCAAACAUGAACAAGCCGAUGCCGCCAACACAGAAGAUGAUCUCCGAUGCGACAUCCCUGCUGAGCAAGAUGCAGCAGGAACAACUGCUGAGUUCGGGGCACCUGGGCCAUCUGGGCCAGCCAGCCCCGCUGCUGCUCACCCCGCCCGGCUUCCCCCCGCACCACGCCGUCACCUUGCCCCCGCAGCAUCACGACAACAACAAGGAAAGGAAACCUCCUCCCCCUCCACAGCCGCUACACCAACCUCCAGUAAUGCGAGGGAUGCACCAACAUAUCUCCCCGAGCGUAUACGAAAUGGCCGCCUUAACGCAAGACCUGGACACGCAGACCAUUACAACCAAAAUAAAAGAGGCACUCCUAGCGAACAACAUUGGACAGAAAAUAUUCGGAGAAGCCGUUCUCGGAUUAUCUCAAGGAUCAGUGAGCGAGCUUCUGUCGAAACCUAAACCCUGGCACAUGCUCAGCAUCAAGGGCCGCGAGCCCUUCAUAAGAAUGCAGCUUUGGUUGAGUGACGCGCACAACAUUGAUCGCCUUCAAGCUCUAAAGAACGAGAGACGCGAAGCCAACAAGAGACGAAGGUCGAGUGGACCCGGCCAGGACAACUCGUCUGAUACCUCGUCCAAUGACACGUCAGAAUUCUAUCAUUCGAGUUCCCCAGGCCCGACGUCGGGGGUUCCGUCGGCCAAGAAACAAAGAGUUUUAUUCUCCGAGGAACAAAAAGAAGCUUUAAGACUUGCUUUCGCUCUAGAUCCAUAUCCAAAUAUGCCUACGAUAGAGUUCUUGGCGGCCGAGCUCGGGCUUUCGACGAGAACGAUAACUAAUUGGUUUCACAAUCAUCGAAUGCGGUUAAAGCAGCAGGCGCCGCACGGACUCCCGUCCGAGCCACCUGCGAGAGACCAAUCCUCUGCUCCCUUCGAUCCGGUCCAAUUCCGAUUACUUCUUAAUCAGAGAUUACUAGAACUCCACAAGGAACGAAUGGGUCUCGCAGGAGUGCCGCUCCCAUACCCUCCGUACUUUGCGGCGAAUUCAAAUUUUGCCGCAUUGAUCGGUAGAGGUCUAUUGCCACCCGAAGAGCAGACGAAGGACACCCCAAGCGGUCUCGACCUCUCCAUGCCCCUGAAAAGGGAACCGGACGGAGAUGAUUUCGAGGACGACGACGUGGAAAGCAACCUCGGGUCCGAGGACUCGCUGGACGACGACUCGAAGACUGAGCCCAAAGCGGCAUCUACGCCCGCGGGCAGAUCAAAUAGAAGAAAGCCGGCGGCGCCGCAGUGGGUGAACCCGGACUGGCAGGACGAAAAGCCUCGAAACCCUGACGAAGUUAUCAUAAACGGUGUUUGUGUAAUGAGAAGCGACGACUUCAGGCGGGAGGCCGAGGAGACCGUGAGGGUGGAACCCUCCCCGGUGCCGCGAGAGCCCUCCCCGUCCCCCUCGCCGGUCCAGCCUUCCCCGCACACACACUCUCCGGAGGUCCUCCCGGAAGACAAAAUUAAGACGGAAAACGAGGACGACCGGUGGGAGUAUUAGACUUUAGCCAAUGUGAUAGUGAACUUGCCGAGUGUCUUAGCGGUUGAAACGGGUCCGUGAGUGUAGCUUAGUGUACUGGUGGGUCGGGACGUUUGUAUCUGUUAGCUAACUGACUGCGUCCAAAGGAUGGACGGAGCGACGUGCAGUGCAAACUUCGUAUAGUUAAUUGUGUUUUGUUAUAAUUCGAUUGUAAGGCCAAAGACUUUGUAAAUACCCUCUGUUAGCUUUUCGUGAUAAUGCCAGGCAUACGUCCCACUCGGACGAGAAAAACUUGCGAUACAAAAAUUUGCAUUUUGCUUUAAUUUUUUUUUUACAACCGUACCCUGAUUCGGUACAAAUAUCUGAGUAUUUUUAAGUUAUGGUUUAUUUUUUUAAAUCGAUUAUUGUAAAUAAUUAUACCAAAUACGUUUAAACAUCGCCUGAGAGCCACGACUCUGUAUAUAGAUAGGUAGGUUAGAAUCACUUUGUACUAUGUAAGAAACUCGUCGGCGAUAAUUAAGGCUAGGGAGGUUCAAUUAAUUGUUAAAUAAAUUUUAAAGUGCAAUCAGAUGUAAAUUUAAGCUAUGGUCUAAACUGAACCCCAGUUGAAAAGUAUUAUUAUGUUUAUAUAAACCGGUGAGGUUUCAAAUAUUAUAAUUGGGUUAUAUAAGU